CUUUAAGUGCCUGUGCUGUGCGGCAGUAGCGCUAGCUCCGUACAGACCGCUAGAGCCGCAGAUAGCCUUCCUGAUCACUGCAGAGCCUCUACAAAACAGCACGCCAGCAAUCAUGUCUGCCCCAGCUACAGAGGGUCCUGGUGCCUCAGGAAUGGCAGGGGGCAACCGCAGACUGCAGCAGACCCAGGCUCAGGUGGAUGAGGUGGUGGACAUCAUGCGGGUGAACGUGGACAAGGUGUUGGAGCGAGACCAAAAGCUUUCAGAGCUGGACGACAGGGCAGAUGCUCUUCAGGCCGGCGCAUCCCAGUUUGAGACCAACGCCGCCAAGCUCAAGAGGAAGUACUGGUGGAAGAACUGCAAGAUGUGGGCCAUUUUGAUAGCUGUGAUCAUAAUCAUCAUUGCCAUCAUUAUCAUUUGGAAUAAGUCGUCAUAAAACAGCAGGGGAAUGGAGGAAUGGCAUGACUGUUGUGAUGGGAGAGUGGAUAAGAUGAAGUAUCAGCUGAUACCAUGAAGACAGAGAGCAUGUUCUUCCAGAACUCUAAAGAUGUUCUAGCCUGCUGACUUUCGAAAGCAUAAUUUGUAAAAUAUCUCAACUGUUUUUUUUUUUGUUUUUUUUUAUGUUUCGGUUUUAAUGCCUUUGAUUUAAACGUUGCCUUACAGGUGAAGACAAACUCUUACACGUCUCGCUCAUUUUCCUGACUAAUCCUUUAUUGAAAGUAGUUUUCUAGUACACUCCGUGCCAUCAAGUCACGCAUACCACAGUGGCCUAACCUCACGUUCGACGCUGAAGAAACAAAACGGUCUCUUAAUUCUGUGAUGAGGCAACAAGAUUAAUCUGUACAUGUGUUCAUAAGUAGUUGGUUAAAGCGUAGCAGUUGAAAUAUACUGACCACAAAAUGGGGGAUUGUAACCUUUUGUUACACUCUCUGCUUCCUGAUCAGUAGAGCGCUCAGUGGCUCUGGUAACAAGUUUGCUAUAAAAUGACGGAGCUGUCUUUGGUUAUAUAGUGCCUUAAAGUUUUAUUGCACAGUUUAGAACCAGCCAUCCACUCAAAGGCCUUUAUUAGAACAAAACAGACUUGAGUGCCAUUAGAACCACCUAGCUGUGCCUUUUAAAACACUGCCAGCAUAACGUACACAGCAGCGUAAUAGAGAAUCACAUUCAGAUUACAUUCUUGGCUGCAUGUCCUUUCAUGGUCAAAUGACAUAUGUAUGUAUAUAUGUGUGUUUUUUCUCUGUCUCUCUCUCUCUCUCUCUCUCUCUCUCUCUCUCUCUCUCUCUCUCUCUGUGUCUCUCUCUC